CAAGGAAGGAAAAGGAAGAAUGAGUUUGCAUCUCGUACACCCUCCUAUCUUAGAACUAGAAUCUCUCUCGGACUCGUUUCACCGCACCACUACCCUCACUACUCAAUUUCAAUCUAAUGUGGAGUAACAACAAAUCAAGAACAAUGCAUCAUCAGCAGCAUCCACUAUGCACACGCACGCACCAGAUCGGCUCCUUGCUCCUAGUCGCCGCCACCUUCUUCUUCACGAGACUCUUGGACGCUCCUUGCAACCUCUCCUCCACCGUGUCGCAACAGAAAUUCCUCGGUAUCCACCGCUUACCGGAAUCGCAAGAACUUUCGCUCAAGAUCUAUGUCUACGAAGCUAAUGAGAUCGAUGGAUUGAAGGAGCUUUUGCAAGGAAGAGAGGGGAAGAUCACACCGGAAGCUUGCUUGAAAGGACAGUGGGGUAGUCAGGUGAAAAUACACAAGUUACUUUUAGAAUCAAGAUACAGGACAAGAAAGAAGGAAGAAGCGGAUUUGUUUUUUGUUCCUUCGUAUGUUAAGUGUGCGCGAAUGAUGGGUGGACUUAACGACAAAGAAAUUAAUCAAACUUAUGUUAAAGUUAUUAGCCAAAUGCCGUAUUUCCGGUUAUCUGGAGGCAGGAACCACAUAUUUGUUUUCCCGAGUGGAGCUGGAGCUCACUUGUUUAAGUCUUGGGCAACAUAUAUAAAUCGCUCCAUUAUUCUUACCCCUGAGGGGGACCGCACUGAUAAGAGAGAUACUAGUGCCUUUAAUACAUGGAAAGAUAUAAUCAUUCCAGGUAAUGUCGAAGAUGGUAUGACCAAGGCUGGGUCUACCAUAGUCCAGCCUUUGCCUCUGUCUAAGCGGAAGUACUUGGCAAAUUAUUUAGGACGUGCUCAAGGAAAAGCUGGUCGACUUCAGCUAAUAGAACUUUCAAAACAAUUUCCAGAGAAGUUGGAAUGUCCAGAUUUGAAAUUCAGUGGAGGUGAAAAGCUGGGAAGGAAAGAUUAUUUUGAACACUUGCGCAAUUCCAAGUUUUGCCUUGCUCCGCGUGGGGAGUCAUCAUGGACCCUUCGAUUUUACGAGUCUUUCUUUGUGGAAUGCGUUCCAGUUAUAUUAUCAGAUCAAAUAGAAUUGCCAUUCCAGAAUGUCAUCGAUUACAGUCAGAUCUCAAUAAAGUGGCCAUCCAGUCGAAUAGGUCCUGAACUCUUGCAGUACUUGGAAUCUAUUCCAGAUGAAGACAUAGAAGCAAUAAUUGCCCGUGGUCGACAAGUUAGGUGCAUGUGGGUCUAUGCUUCCGAUUCAGAACCUUGUUCUGCAAUGCGUGGAAUCAUGUGGGAACUGCAGAGGAAAGUAAGACAGUUUCACCAAUCAACUGAAACAUUUUGGUUGCAUAAUGGAUCAAUUGUAAACAGAAACUUGGUCGAAUUUUCUAAUUGGAAUCUCCCUGUACCUUUGCCUUGAUAAGCUUGGCAUAUAGUUUUACUUGUAUAAAGUGUUUUUGUUUCGUUGCUAUUAUUUUAGUCUUGAUUCUUCACAGGCCUAUGUUAGUUCAUCAUUGUCGUUUAGUAAUCUGUCUAUAUAGUAUAUAUAAAACAGAAUAACUUUUCAUUGAUUAAUUAAUAUGCAUAUCAUCUUAACAAAUAUUUGUUUGUUUUUCCUCUGAUGAAUAAUUUUCUUCAACAUGUUGCUCUAA